CCCAGCCCCUGGGCGGCCUCGGUAUCCUCGCCGGCCUCCGGGCGGUCCUCGCUCUGCGGCCCGCUGUUGGCCUGGCCGCCAUGCAGGCGCGGGCGCUGCUCCUGGCCGCUCUGGCCUCCCUGGCGCUGGCUCGGGAGUCCCCGACAGCCCCGUGCCCCGCGCGCUGCGACGUGUCGCGGUGUCCCAGCCCGCGCUGCCCCGGCGGCUACGUGCCCGAUCUCUGCAACUGCUGCCUGGUGUGUGCCGCCAGCGAGGGCGAGCCCUGCGGCCGCCCCCUCGACUCGCCGUGCGGGGAAAGCCUGGAGUGCGUGCGCGGCGUGUGCCGUUGUCGCUUGGCCCACGCCGUGUGUGGCACCGAUGGGCACACCUAUGCCAACGUGUGCGCGCUGCUGGCGGCCAGCCGCCGCGCACUGCAGCUCUCCGGGACGCCCGUGCGCCAGCUGCAGAAGGGCGCCUGCCCAUCCGGUCUUCACCAGCUGACCAGCCCACGGUACAAGUUCAACUUCAUUGCUGAUGUGGUAGAGAAGAUUGCACCGGCCGUGGUCCACAUAGAGCUCUUUCUGAGACACCCUCUGUUUGGGCGCAAUGUGCCCUUGUCCAGCGGCUCAGGUUUCAUCAUGUCAGAGGCCGGCUUGAUUGUCACCAAUGCCCACGUGGUGUCCAGCACCAACGCUGUCUCGGGCCGGCAGCAGCUGAAGGUGCAGCUACAGAAUGGAGACUCCUAUGAGGCCACCAUCAAGGACAUUGAUAAGAAAUCUGACAUCGCCACAAUCAAGAUCCAUCCCAAAACAAAGCUCCCCGUGUUGCUGCUGGGUCACUCAGCCGACCUGCGGCCUGGUGAGUUUGUGGUGGCCAUCGGUAGUCCCUUUGCCCUACAGAACACUGUGACGACGGGCAUUGUUAGCACUGCCCAGCGAGACGGCAAGGAGCUGGGCCUCCGGAACUCGGACAUGGACUACAUUCAGACAGAUGCCAUCAUCAACUAUGGGAACUCCGGGGGACCACUGGUGAACCUGGACUGUGAGGUCAUUGGCAUCAACACGCUCAAGGUUGCGGCUGGCAUCUCCUUUGCCAUCCCCUCGGACCGCAUCGCACGCUUCCUCACAGAGUCCCAAGACAAGCACAGCAAAGACUGGAAGAAGCGCUUCAUUGGCAUCCGCAUGCGGACCAUCACGCCUAGCCUGGUGGAUGAGUUGAAGGCCAGCAACCCAGACUUCCCAGCCGUCAGCAGUGGGAUUUAUGUGCAAGAGGUUGUGCCAGAUUCACCUUCUCAAAGGGGCGGCAUCCAAGAUGGCGACAUCAUCGUCAAGGUCAACGGGCGCCGCCUGGCGGACUCCAGUGAGUUGCAGGAAGCCGUCAUGACCGAAUCCCCGCUCCUGCUGGAAGUGCGGCGGGGCAACGAUGACCUCCUCUUCAGCAUCGCGCCCGAGGUGGUCGUGUGA